AUGAUUGAGGAAAAAGGGCAAAAUCUCUCCGCAGGGCAAAAACAAUUAGUUAGUUUAAUGCGAGCCUUGGUUAAAGAUUAUGAAAUUUACCUUUUUGAUGAAUUUUUAAGUAAUGUCAAUAAUGAACUAAAAGAAAAAAUAGUGGAUGGCACCGGCAAAACUACGAUAGAAAGUUUAUUGUCUCAGGACCCCAAUAUUAUUAAAUUAGUUUCAACUACCACCCGACCACCACGAGAAGGGGAAAGAGAUGGCAAAGAUUAUUAUUUUAUCAGUAAAGAAGAAUUUGAAGUCGAAUUAAAAAAAGGUCGGUUUUUGGAACAUGUUAUCUAUGAUGGCAAUUAUUAUGGAGUUCACGUUAAAGUAAUCGACCUAAUUUUAGGAACCCAAAAGAAAAACGGAGUGAUUAUUGUGGAUGUGGCUGCCGAAAGUAGGGAAAAAAUGGUCGAACAUAUGAGAAAAAGAGGCACCAGUGAACCAGAAAUUAUUCGCAGACUAAAUAUUGAAGAAAAAGAAGGAAAAUUUGCGACUGAGUUUGAUUAUAUUUUGACAGUUAAAGAAAAUGGAUUGAUUGAAGCAGUCCACAAAAUUAAAAAGAAGUUAAAUUACGAAGUAGGUUUGACAAAUUAG